GAUCAACAGCAUCUACAACAUCAAGUGAGCGGCAAUGAAGGCUUUCCAAACAAUCUGUGUGGCUUUGGCGGCAGCCACUCUCGGUCAGGCCCAAUCGGUCUCCUACGGAACCUCGUCCUACGGCUCUGGUGUUGUCUACGGAGCCCCAUCUUACAGCUCCGGUAUCUCCUACGCGUCGGCCCCCACGGUAUCCACCGUUAGAACCCAAUACGUUUCUGCCGCCCCCGCCAUCUCCACGAUCGCUGCCGGUCCUGUCGUCAGCCGCGCGGUCACCCUUCAAGCUGCCCCCGCCAUCUCUGUGGCUGCGGCUCCUGUUCAGCAAAUCGCCGUUGCCGCCGCUCCGGUCCAACAAAUCGCUGUCGCUCCCGCUCCCGCACAAGCUGUCAACUUGGGAGUCGUAGCCACCGCCCCCGCUGGCGGUGUCCGCACCCACGAGAUCCACACCGGAUCCGGCCGUCAAGCAAUUCGCAUCGAGGAGGUUCAAGCCGGAGACCAGAUUAUUCGAGUUCAUGAAGCUCCCCAAGCCGGGCCUCAGAUCGCUCAGGUUCGCGUUCCCGGAGAACAACAUCACAUUCGCGUCGUCAACCACCAAUCCGGUCGAGCCCAUGUCGAACGCGUUGUCCAACGUCAGCAGACCCAAGUUUUCAACGUGCAGAGACCUGGCCGCCCCGGAGCUCGAAUUGUCCAGGUGGUGAGAGACCAAGCUCCCGCUCCCUCUGUCGAGUUUGUCGAAGCCGGCGGAUCGAACCACCACGUUUACCACGCCAACGAUGCGGCUCAAGCCGCUCCUGUCGCACUCCAGGCAGCCCCCGUCGCUCUUCAGACCAUCCAGGCUGCCCCCGUCGCCAUCCGAACUGUUCAAGCCGCACCCGUCGCCCUCCAGACUGUCCAGGCCGCUCCCGUCGCCAUCCGAACCGUCCAAGCCGCUCCCAUUGCCUACCAGGCCGCUCCGAUCGCCUACCAAGCCGCUCCCAUCGCCUAUCAAGCUGCUCCCAUCGCUUACCACCAGGCUCCGUCUACCCUCAUCGGUGGCGCCUCUUACGGCGCUUCUUACCGAUACUAGUUCAUCGUAAAGAAUAAAUGUCGAUGCUCGCUC